AUGGUCAUGGCCAUUCUUGUUGAUAGCAGAUCCAAAUGGCCCGAAAUACUCCACAUGAAAUCUACAACUUCUGCUAAAGUAAUAGUCAAGCUUAGUACCUGUUUCGCAGCUUACGGCUUACCAAAUACUGUGGUAACAGAUGGAGGUACCCAGUUCACGCCUCAAGAGUUUAAUGACUUUUUUAAGUUCAAUGGCAUUCGGCAUCUGGUUUCACCACCAUAUCAUCCGGCUUCGAAUGGCCUCGCAGAAAGGAUGGUCCAGACAACCAAAUCUGUCUUUCUGAAACAACUUUUGGAGGAACCACAGGAACACGCCACACUCGACCACAGGCAUGACAUACCUGCCGAAAUGUUUCUCAAGACCAUCCCACGUACACCAUUGAGUUUACUUAAGCCUCAUUUCUCUGACGAUAUGAAGAGAAAGCAAGAAGAGACGAAAACGAGAGGUGAUACCCGAAGAGGUAAACAGAGAUCCUUUAAUAAAGGAGAUAUGUUACUAGUCCGUACUGUGAGACAAGAGAAGAUAAACUGGCAGUCUGGUGUCAUUUUCAAGGUUGUCAGUCCAGUAACCUAUCUAGUUAAUGUGGAAGGUAAAACAAGAUUCGUACAUGCAGACCACCUUAAGUUGAAUCCAUCACGUAUGAAGAUGAAGAAGAACAAAUGUUACCUAGACCAGAUGAAAACACAAGGGCAGAAGAAAUUGCAGCCCCGGCAAAUGAAUAUUCUCCUAGACAAACCCCAACAAAAAGCCCUAGUAAAGCCCAGACAAGAAUGUCAUUACCACAAAAUCAAGACCCACAAGAAUCACCAGGAAUAA